AUCGAAAGAAGAAAAAAGUUUCAGAAGAUUGAUAUUUUCCCUUCUCAUCAACAUCAAAAGGAAAAAACGGGAAAAAAGAGUCGGAAGUAGAGAUGGUGCUUGCGACGCGGACGGGCAGCACCUUCUCUGGUCCGCGGCGGAGAAAAAUUUAUUUCAAGCCUUCCGCCUCUUCCAUAUGUUGUCCCUCUUCCCUUUGGCUGCAGUCGGAAACAGACUAUCCGGGCGCACAAGAAGUUCUUUCCCACAACUCAUUUGGGGGGUAUGUUGUAACAUGAGCAGCAACGCAAGAAAUACCAGCGGAAUAAACGCGGCUUCCAUAGAAGACAUCUGCACACGGAUCUUCGUAGUACGACUGUUAUUCAGGAGCUUGUUCUUAAUUUUUUUGUCAUGAUGCAAACAUUGCUAUUGCUUUGACGCAACAAGUGGAUCUGGUGUUUUUGGAAAUACAAAUGGGAGGGAGCAGGGGGAGUUGUUGUGCACUCUCAUAGAAGCCUCCCAAGGGGGACAACGACAACGACGAGAACUGCUCGCCGCCCUCGUCGUUCCCGCGCCGGCUCUGGCUCUUGCACCUCUGAAGACAUCAUCUUCAAGGGUAGCUAUUUUAAAGAUAUCGCAGGCAGUUCAAGUUCUUUUUACAGCAUGAUGCCGAGGUAUGCCUCGACGUCGACAUCAACCUGCAGAUUUAUUCCUUCAUCUUCUUUUUCCUCUACGGCUUCAACAUCUUCAUCCGUGGUCUGCCUCUCCCCGGAGCAAAUCCUCGACUCUUUGAGAUACAAAGCAGGAACAAGCCCGACUCCGUCUUCAUCGAGUAAUAUUAAAGCAACUACUCCGCGGCCAUUCCCAUUUCCUGUAGACAAAACGCGCAUGGUGGUCUCCCGGACCGACGAACUGAUCACCUUGACCAAGUUCGGUGCGGCGAUCGAUUUUCGGAUAUCGAAAGGAAAAAUCCCCCCUCCCCAUAUCAAAACGAAAUCUCUGAUGCUGGAUUUGUGUACACAAAUCAGCUUUAUAUUGCAGGAAGGCAUUGCGGCCAGAUCCCCAGGCUAUCGAGGGGCGUAUCGGUCUAGUUGUUCGGCAUGGCAAACGGCUGCCCUUUAGGCCCAACAGCAUGACAAAGUAGAUACCUCCAUGAUAAUGGGGGCGAAGCUUUUGCCCUUGUCUUCUUGCAUAGACAAAUGUGAUUUGUGACCUCAAAUCAGCAACGCAAAUUUUCGGAAGCAUGCCUUUUCAAUAUGGGGAGGGGGAGUUUUUCCUUUCAAUAUCGGAGGCAGAAGCUGGAAAUCCCAAAGAAAAUUUUGGACGACUUGGGUUUGCAGCUGCUCGCGGAAAAAGCAGACAAAGAUGUUGAAGUAGAAGAGCAGCGGGAAGAAACAAGUAGAACUAGUGCCGAAGCAGUAGUACAGGAAGAUGCUUCACUUAAUAUUUCUGCAUCUUUCUCGUGUUGGUCACUGGAGAAGAUCCUGCAGUGCCUGAUUCUGUUCUCCCGAACGGGCUGUUUGUGCGUGCCGUUGUUCCGCAAGGGCAUGUAUUUUUUCCAUCUGAUCCUGCAGAGAAGUAGGACGACACUGGCCGCUGCUCCUCUCGUCCGCGAGGAGAACAGUUUCAGUUUACAGCUCCGAAUCGACCUCCUCACCGCCCUCGCGCGGCAGCGCGCCCGGAUUCUCGUGCCGCAUUUGGGGAGGACUUGGUUUGCGGGUUCCGCUUCUUCAUCUUCAUCCGAUGCUUGUACAACUUCUGGAAUGAAGAGUAUUGACACGACGACGAUCUUCACUGCAGAGCAAGCCAUGCAGGUCCUUCACUCUUGUGCGUAUCUGCGGCUGCCCUUACCCGAAUGCGUGGAAAGCAGGAUCGUCGAGGAAGCGGAGGUGAUUUGUACUAGAAGGGGUGGUGCCGAUUUUUUAAAACCUCAUUCAGUUGUCGACGCACCUGGUGGUCAAGAUCAAGAAAUAGCUGCGUCAGGAGGUGGACCUGCUCCGCAGGAACUACUACAACAAGACCUCGAGUUUCUCUUGCACGCCAUGUACCACACAACCACGCUGUACCACGCCCAGGGCGAGAUGGUGGAUAUACAGAUGUGGGAAAAAGUGCCGACUGCUGGAACACCUGAAGCUGUUGAUGCGGGACGAGCGUCACAAAAGUUCUCAAAUCAAGCAACUGCAGUAAGAACAUCGCAUGAACGAACCACGACGAGGACAUCAAACGAGAAUCUUCCCGCUGCUCCCAGACUCUCAAUCGAAUACGUCUUCGGGCGGAUUUUGCCAAAGUUUGCGGAGCUGUACAUUACCAUGGACAACAAGAACAUUGACAUUUCAUCUAAUGGAAAUAACGAAACCAAUUCAACAAAUUCUGCAGAGAAGACGAGGAGGGGAGAACCACCACCACCAGCAAGUACUUCUCCGCCGUCGAAGUCCUUCCUCCAGAAGGCGUCCGUGCUCCGGAGCGUGUGCUAUCAAAAGUAAAAAUCCCCCCUCCCCAUAUCGAAAAGGUAUGUUUCCGAAAAUUUGUCUUGCUGAUUUGAGGUCGCAAAUCACAUUUGUCUUGCAAGAAGACAAGGGCAGAAGCUUCCGCCCCACUGUGGAAGCGAUUUGUCAUGCUGUUGGCCCUAAAAGUGAGCCGCUUGCCAUGCUGAACAACUAGACCCAUACGCCCCUACCAAGCCUGGGGAUCUGGCCGCAGUGCUUCUCUGCAAUACAAACCUGAUUUGCGUACACAAAUCCAGCAUGAGAAAUUCCGUUUUGAUAUGGGGAGGGGGGAUUUUUCCGUUUGAUAUGUGCCGCUACUUGCACAAGGGGGCUGUGGAACUAUUGAAUACGGCGGAGGAACAAAAUAUCAAAUGUAAAAAUGUCUGGGUCUGGAAACUUGUGAUGCUGUGUGGCGUAUCAUGAGGAGGCGACAAUUGCUGGCUCAGCAUGACAAGUUUCUGAGCUUCUAGGUGUUGCCUAUUCUGCAUGACAAACUACGUUUCUGCAUGACAGAAAAGUGGGGCUCUUUGGUAAUGUGCAUGACAGAUUUAAGAGUCAUGCCAGACAAGCAUGACAAACUUGCAUUCUUCCAGACCCAGACAUUUUUACAUUUGAUACAAAAGGUGAUCGCAAAAUGCCUCCGCAAGAUCCACGAAGACUACCAGGACUGCCGAAUCAGUAUGGAGGAAGAGAUUUUUUACCGCGAUAGGAGAGAAGAUAAACAGGUUCGUCAUGCAGCUGCCGCCCAAGAUUUUUUGUCUGACAAUGCUACAACACGUACAACAGCAGCAGGACCAGGAGCACCAGAAGCUCCCUCGUCCUUUGACCAGGAACACCACGACUGCCAAGAAGUACCCCCCGCAGAGAAGAAGCCGAUCCCCCGGUUUCUCGAGACUGUGUCGUGGUCUCUGACAAAACUCCGCAUCGCGCACUCGACGGAGGUCGAGCGUGGGCCCUACAAGCUCGAUGCAGUGGAACGGGAUCGGAAAUGCGUGUAUCGACUGUUGAAACAGGACCGCUGGCUGGCGGAGUCCAUCCGCUUCACCAUCGGACCCCUAGUUUUGCAGGAACUGCUGCUGAAGCACCAAGACUUCUCGGUCAUCAACAUUCCCUACUGGCACUGGAACAAGUUGAAACUGCGGAAAACGAGAAUUGAAUACCUCCGGAUGAGCCGCUACUUGGCUCUGAUGGACCCGAGGCUGAGACGGAUCGCUACGGUGGAUGAUGAAAAUAAUAUGAAUACAAGCGGUACAGCAAUUCAACAAGGUCCUCAAUUUUCCCUCCCGGCCACAGGAAACAAUUUUCUGUACAGCGGGGAGCGCUUUGGCGGGAAGCGCGACGUGCCCAACAACGCAUUCUCAUGGUUCAAGGCGAAGGAGGCGCGGCCGCUGGAGCAGACGGUGGCACGCCUGAGCGAGCAGACGAGCAACUGA